AUGAAUUUCUCAGAGGUCUUCAAGCAAUCCAAUCAACUAUGUAAAGUUUCUCCAGAUGGAAAACAUUUGGCUACCUGCGUGCAGUAUAAGUUGGUUGUACGAGAUGUGAGCACGCUGCAGAUCCUGCACCUGUAUACAUGUCUGGACCAGAUAUCUCAAAUGGAAUGGUCGUCUGAUUCUCAGUUCAUUUUGUGUGCAAUGUACAAGAGAGGACUGGUACAGGUGUGGUCACUAGAGCAACCUGACUGGCACUGUAAAAUCGAUGAGGGCUCAAUCGGACUGGUUGCUUCCCGCUGGAGCCCAGACGGACGUCACAUUCUCAACACCACUGAGUUCCAUCUGAGAAUCACUGUGUGGUCCCUGUGCACCAAAGCUGUGUCUUAUAUCAAGAAUCCCAAAGCUUGUCUCAAGGGUAUUGAUUUCAGCAGAGAUGGCUGCUAUAUGGCUUUGGCUGAACGGCGUGACUGCAAAGACUACGUUUGCCUUUUCGUAUGUGAUGACUGGCACUUGCUCAGGCAUUUUGAAACUGAGACGCAGGACCUCGCGGGGUUAGAGUGGUCUCCCAAUGGUUGUGUCCUGGCUGUGUGGGACAGCUGUCUGGAGUACAAGGUGUUGCUGUAUUCUCUGGAUGGCCGGUUGCUGUCAACCUACAGUGCCUAUGAGUGGUCGCUGGGUGUCAAGUGUGUGACCUGGAGCCCCAGCAGUCAAUUCCUGGCAAUUGGCAGCUAUGAUGAAAACGUACGCAUCCUUAAUCACAUCACAUGGAAGAAGAUUGCACAGUUUGAACAUCCAGCAACCAUCAACAACACCAACAUUGCUGUGUACAAGGAAGUGGAGAAGAAGUCAGCUGUUGGCAUUGGGACUGAAGAACUGUCUCUACACAACUUAACAAUGGACUCGACUCUCUUAACCAGUCAGAGCAAAUAUGAGAUCCACGCUCCUCCAGUUCAAGUGCCUGUGGUCAGACCAGAUCCAGACAGAGCAAACCCCAAGAUUGGUGUCUCUAUAUUGGCCUUCAGCUCAGACAGUCGCUACUUAGCCACCAAAAACGAUAACAUGGGUAGUGUCAUCUGGGUGUGGGACAUGCAGAAGAUGAGCCUUGAGGCUGUGCUCGAGCAGACGUCAGCCGUGCGCUGCUUCCAAUGGGAUCCAAGACGCUCACGACUGGCGAUAUGCACUGGCAACACCAAAGUUUAUCUGUGGACCCCAGCAGGUUGCGUCUCUGUUCAAGUCCCCAAUGAUGGUGCUUUCCAGGUUCAGUCGUUAACUUGGCAUUGCCAUGGAGAUCCUCUCAUUCUGCUUGGGAAGGACCAGCUGUGUUUGUGCUAUACUAGCACUGAGGACAAGUGA